AUGGGCGUCUCCGUUAUCCAAGAACAGCACGACAUCAUCGUAGACACGAUCAAGCAGAUCACUCAAGGUGACUGGAAAGUACUAGUCAUCGACGAGAACUCCAAGAAGGUCAUCGAUAAUGUCGUCAAGGAAGAUGACAUCCUCAACCAGAAUAUCGCCAACAUCGAGCGUAUCGAGGAACGGAGGCCCAUGAAUCCAACCAUGGAUGCCAUAUAUAUUUUGUCGCCUCAACCGCAUAUUGUCGACUGUUUAAUAGCAGACCUCGAAAGCAGGAGGUAUCGGAAAAGCUUCUUGGUGUGGACAGGUGUGCUGGAGCCCUCGCUGCGACGGCGCAUAGAUUCCUCCCCCUUGGCUAAGCAGCAGCUGGGGGGGUUCCAGACUCUGUCCAUAGACUACUUCCCCAAGGAAUCCCACUUGGUCACCUUCAAAGAUCCCUGGAGUUUCCCUGUGCUCUACCAUCCUGCUUGCAAUGGGCUUGUGGCGAAGCAUAUGCGGGACUUGGCCCAGAAGAUCACUGGACUCUGCGUCUCGUUAGGCGAGUAUCCAAAAGUAAGAUACUACCGCCCACGAGCACCCAUACAUGAGGCCGCCGUCCUCAGCUCUCAUUUAGCUAGAUUCGUAUCUGAGGAGUUGGACGAGUAUGCCCAAUGGAACCCGAACUUCCCAUCGCCCACCUCAAGGCCGCAGGGUAUUUUACUGGUCACAGAUAGGUCAAUGGACCUCAUGGCACCCUUGAUCCACGAGUUCACUUACCAGGCUAUGGCGCAUGACCUAUUGCCCAUCAAGGAAGGUGACAAAACGACGUUCCACAUGACUGUGAACGAAGACAGUCCUGAGGCCGAAGAGAAAGACAUGGAGCUGGGUGAUAAGGACAAGGUCUGGGUGGACAACCGACAUAGACACAUGAAGGACACAAUCGAAAAGCUGAUGGGCGACUUCCAAAAGUUCCUGGACCAAAAUCCUCAUUUCACCAACAAGGACGGCGACACGACUAGCUUGAAUGCUAUCAAGGACAUGUUGGCCGGUCUACCGCAGUUCCAGGAAAUGAAGGAGACAUACUCGCUGCACCUGACUAUGGCGCAAGAAUGCAUGAACAUCUUCCAACACCACAAACUCCCCGAUAUCGCCUCCUCAGAACAGACCUUGGCCACAGGGCUGGACGAAGAUUUCCGAAAGCCGAAGAACGUCCUCGAGGGGGUAGUCCGGCUUCUCGAUGAUGACGCCAUUACGCAGUCGGACCGCCUACGGCUCGUUAUCAUGUACAUUCUAUACCGUGGCGGUGUCAUAAUGGAGGAUAUCAAGCGCUUGCUCUCCCACGCUUCUCUCCCGCCGCAAGACGGCGAAAUUAUCGCCAAUCUCGAGUUCCUAGGCGGACGCACUACCCACGGACUCAAGGACUCGAAAGGGGACCUCACCCCAAUUUUCCCCAUCGACACCAAGAACCUAGUCCCUAAUGAGGAAUACUCUCUGUCCCGUUUCCAACCCGUACUCAAGCCCCUGCUUGAAAAUCUGUGCCGAGGCGCAUUAGAUCAGACUCAAUUCCCUUAUGUCAAACCUCCACUAGACCCCAAUGAAGAUGCCAUUGUUGGCCAAGGUUCUUUGCGAGCCGCUAAGCCGAGCUGGGCUGGUGCAGGGCGCCGUGUUGUCGAAAAUCGCCAACGCAUCAUCAUUUUCAUGGCCGGCGGCGCUACCUACUCCGAGAGCCGGGUGUGCUACGAGGUCGGCAGCGCAUUAAGCAGGGACAUAUUCCUUGCAAGCAGCCAUAUGCUUACGCCGGAGCUAUUCGUGCGUCAGGUUGGCGACCUAUCGGUGGACAAGCGACGGCUGGAUCUUCCCAUGGACAGGCCAGCUCCCCGUGCGCCCGCUCACUUAUUCGAGAGGCCAGCACCGCCUACCGCUGCAGCUACUCCACCGCCAGGACAGAGACUGCCCGGUGCACCCAUAGGACGGGUUCCAGCUCCUGGAGGGUUACCGGGCGGUCCUCGUUUACGAGAUGCCACCUCUCAACCGCCUACACAAGCGAUGGGAAGCAUGUCACUGGGCUCAGGGGCGGCGUUUUCGCCUGCCAACGGAGGGGCUCUGCGUCCAGCUGUACCGAGUCCGAGUCCGGCACCCAGUGGUUCCAGCGAGAAGCCACACAAGUUAGAAAAGGAAAAGAAGAAGCGGGGAUUGUUCGGGAUGAAGAAGCACAGCCACGGAUGA